UGGACGUUGCAUAAGUUUAAUUUGCUUUUCUUUUUAAUUCUCAUGUUGUGAUCACAAUUAACUAAUCCACAUCAUUAAUGAAUUAGUGAACUAAUUGACAAAUCAUAUUCUUUUCUUUCGGAGUCUUUUUCUUUUAACUGUCUCUGUGUCUUUUGUGUCUUUUGUUUCAUUUUUUUCUUCUUUUGUUUCUUCUCAGUAUUUUUGGUUCAUUUUCCCUUUCUAAUCUCCCUUUUUCUCUUUUUUUUUAGUACAACAUAUUUAUUCAACUUUUUGGUCAACUAAUCAAUCAUGGAUUAUCUUAGUAGUUAUUAUAAAGAUUUCAUCAUUUCACAAGCUUCCAAUGAUUCGGUAACUGGUGCUGGUUCUGCUGCUAGUAAAUUCAAAGCUACAACUGAGGGAAGAACCGUUGCUUAUGUGUCACUUGUUGUAAUGGCUGUUUUACCCAUUUUCUAUGGUUCUUUUCGAUCAAUUAAAUUCCACCAGAAGCAGAAAAAAGCUUAUGAAGAAACGGGUAUCCGACCGGAUAUUAUGUCCAAAAAAGACGCUAUGACUUUUCCAAUUAUUGCCUCUGGUACUCUUGGUGGUCUCUAUUUGGUUAUAACCAUUUUCUCAAAGGAAUAUGUUAACUAUCUUCUCAGUAUUUAUUUCUUUUCUCUUGGAAUUAUUGCUUUGACAACCUUACUGAUGCCCAUUUUUAACAAAAUUCUCGAUGGUCCAGUAGGAAAGAUUGAUUAUCAUCUUACUUUCACAAAGAAGGAAAAAACUGACAAGAAACCGUUAGAUUUAAUUGACUUCCAAUUUAACACUCUCGACAUUUUUGCUUUCAUUGUUUCCAGUAUUAUCGGUGUCUGGUAUUUCAUGAAAAAGCAUUGGCUUGCAAACAAUUUGUUCGGAAUUGCUUUUGCUUGCAGUGGAAUUGAGCUUCUCUCAUUGAACAAAAUCGGAAACGGUUGCAUCCUAUUGAUUGGUCUUUUCUUCUAUGACGUUUUCUGGGUCUUUGGAACUGAUGUUAUGGUCACCGUAGCUCAAUCUUUCGAAGCUCCAAUCAAACUCAUGUUCCCUCAAGAUUUUAUUGAGGCCGGUUUUCUUGGAAAACAUUUCGCAAUGCUUGGUCUCGGUGAUAUCGUUGUUCCCGGUAUCUUUAUUGCUCUUCUGUUGCGAUUUGAUGUCAGUCUUAAAAGAAAAGGUUCAAAGCUUUACUUCUGGACAGCCUUCAUCGCCUACAUUUUAGGUUUGAUCUUGACCAUCGUCGUGAUGACAGUUUACAAUCAUGCCCAGCCCGCUCUUCUGUACCUCGUACCCGCCUGUGUCCUCAGUCCAUUAGCGGUUGCCCUAAUCAAGGGAGAUCUCAAAUCAAUGUUCACCUAUCAAGAUCACGCUGAAGAGGAGGAAAAGAAAGUCAAAGAGAGCGGAAAAAAAUCCUCAAAAACCAAUUCUAAAGACAAAAAGGACAGUUAAUCAACUAAACAAAGAAUUAUUAUUUUUACCAUUGGAUUUAUGGGUUACGUCUAUUUAAUUAAAUUAACAUCUACCAUCAAAAAAAUGUUAAUUUAUUGAUGUAUGAUCUUUGAACAAAUAA